AUGGGCAAGAGCCGGACGAAACGCUUCAAGAGACCUCAGUUCUCCCCUACGGGCGACUGUCAGGCAGAGGCUGCGAAUGCGACUGAGGCAGAGGAGGCCGAUGGGCCGGUGGCGGAGCUGCUAGAGAAGCUCCAGCACCCGAGCGCGGAGGUCCGCGAGUGCGCCUGCGCGGGAUUGGCCCGGCUAGUUCAGCACCAGCCAGUCUUCCAGGUCUUUGCGCGCCAGGACGCUGUGCGCCAGCUAGGACCAUUGCUUCUCGAUCCCAGCCUGGCAGUGAGGGAAACGGCGGCCGGUACGCUCAGAAAUCUCAGUGCUUGUGGCAGUGUGGAUGUUUGUGAUGACAUGGUGACUAAGGAUGUCAUGACUCCUCUGGUUGCACUGCUAAAAGAGUGUAGUGCUGUACUGGAUUCAAAUGAGAUGUCGUCACAGGAAAAAAAAGACCAGAACAGGAAUACUGUUGAGAACAUAGCCAAUGAAGCUGUGAACGUGCUGUGGAAUAUAUGUGAAUGCAGUAGUAGAGCACUAUCUAUAUUCAACAAAGAAGGGUGUUUGGAGAUUAUAUUAAAAUAUUUAAGUAGGUUUUCCACCAAUAUUGACCUGGCUAUUUCAGUAGCAUAUUGUUUGCAGACUGUGACUGAAGAAAAUUCAGAGCUACUGAAAUCUUUCAAUGCUGCAGGAUUUCAUGUACUAGAAUCAGCAAUGCUAUCACCUUUUAGUUCUAUGGAACACAUUCUAUUAAAGACAUUGGUGUCAGGCACAGUUUGGAAUCUAAAGGACCUUAUUCCUUCCAAGAGUCAGGCAGAAGUCAUAAAUGCGGUACUAAAGAUCCUAUCUGAAGUUUUGGAAAUGGAUGCUAGUGAAACGGUUAUUCAGAUGAAAGUGGCUGAAAGUCAAAGGUUGAAAACUGCUGCAGAGACAGAGGAACUAAUAGAAAAUGCUAAUGGUGAUUCUUUGGUUGAAGAUGAUGAAGUGGGAGAAAUUCCUCAUAAAAGAAAAGCCAGACAGAAGACUUUCAUUUCAGAUUUACUUCCACCCACUGAGAAGGAACUGAGACAAACCACAGCACUGUUGUUGGCUCAGCAAACUGCUCUGGAAAUUAUUGUCAACAUGUGCUAUAGUGAAGAUCCUUCCGAUGAUGAAUGGGAAGAACUCUCUAGCAGUGAUGAAAGUGAUGCAUUUAUGGAGACUUCCUUCAAUGAGUGUGAUGGCCAGCUGCAGUCUCCCCUAUGUCUUUCCCAUGAGAUUCACACUGCACUCACUCACUAUCUCAUCCCAAAGAAGAUUGUUGAGAAAAUUUCCUUUCCAAAUGACAUUGCAGUUGAUGUAUGCUCUAAAAGUCCUGCUUGGAAAUUUUUGAUUAGAAAAUUGAAUACUAUACAGUGUAGAGCCCUCAUGUGUCUCCAGAGUCUUGUAUCCCUCCUGGAUUUGGAGCAUCUGGGAGGAGCUGCAGCCCUUCAAACACUUGCAAAGCAUCUGUCCCAACUUCUUUUUUCUAAGCCAGAAUUUGCUAAACAUACUGAGUUUUUAGAAGCCGUGAGUGGUGCCUUGAGGGCUCUUUUACAAACAAUGGCCUCAGAGGACAUUUCUCAGUGCAUGACUCCUGAUCAGCUGAUGAUGUUUGGCAAAGCAGGCAUUUGCAAUAGUAAUACUGGGGUGAGAGUAAACAUCGUUAGUAUUUUAGGAGUUACUGGCAGCGUCCUAGCCAAAGAAGAUGGUACUCUUGAAACCCUUAAGACCAUUGGGUGCUUUCUGCUUGAGGUUGCCACCAAAGAUCCUUCCCUUGUAGUAGCAGGAGAAGCUCUGGAUGCCCUCUUUGAUGUUUUUGCAGAUGGUAAAGAAGCCGAAAGAGCUUCACAUCAAAUUAAGUUGUUAUCAAUUCUGAAAGAAUUCCAGCCGGUCUUCAAAAUGAAGAUGAGAAAAGAAGGGAGAGACAGAUACAGUUCCGAGCAACUGUGUGUUCUCAACAAUGUGAAAAUGAAUCUGAGAAGAUUUAUCACAUAUCAAGAAACUGUUGAGAAAAUACUGACUUCCUGAACCAGCACAUAAAG